AUGGCUUCUUCAACAUUAACUACGACGGCGUCGCCCACUGCGAGCCCAACGGGGAACCCUGGUGGUAAUGGAGGCUCUGGUCCUAGUUCGCCACUACUCUUUUUCGUCGCUCUCGGCUUUGGUGUCGUCUUUACGAACUUAUGGAUUAUCGUCGGUGUCAAAUACUGCUUCCGAUAUAACCAGCGCAAUCGACAGCGCAUGAAUGGCGAAGAUCCGGACGGGGUGGAUCUCGCAGCAAUGCCUCGACAACACCGCCGCAGGCGCGAGAAGAAGCUCAUGACAAUCGAGGAAGUCAACGAAAAGUUCCCUCUGACCAAAUACAAAACGUGGCGUUCGAAUCGUGCCGAUGAAGGCCUGCCCACUGCUGGAGGGAUUACUACGGCUUCUCGACCGGCCAGCAUACACAAUGCCCAACGAGAUUCAAAAGAGUCAAAGGAAAUGGAAGCCCAGGAAUUGGCACAUGCACAAACAAACACUUCGUCCGAGGAGAAAACGCCCGAGCAUGGCGAACCAGAGCUUGUAGAGGCUGAAAAGAGUGACACGGAAAACCGGCCAGCCACGCCGUCCCGGCCCAAAUCCAGUCCAUCCACGGUGACACCAGGUACUCCGGUACACAAAGUCACCAGUCACGAUGACGAGGAUGAAGACGAAGAACGUAUUCAGACGGCCCUUCCUCCCGAGCAAUUACCCGAUCCCGGCGAUGCUUGUGCAAUUUGUAUCGACAAUAUCGACGAUGAUGACGAUAUUCGUGGGCUACAUUGUGGCCAUGCAUUCCAUGCCUCUUGCGUUGAUCCUUGGUUGACAUCACGCCGAGCCUGUUGUCCUCUCUGCAAAGCGGAUUAUUACGUCCCCAAACCUCGACCCGAAGGUGCCGAAGUGCAUCCAACAAACCUGCAACCGCCUCCAACGGCAUUCUCGAUCAUCGGAAAUGGUCGACCAGGCCGAAGACCGGCGAUGAUCAUACCGGGGCGAUUUAUGAGUAUCGUGUAUCACGAUCGCGAUCGACAUGGAUUUCCACUUGUGGUGCGUGCGGAACGGACAGAUCAGUCAAAUCGAGAACAAAGUCGGAGGCAGCAAAGAGACACAUUACCAAACUCAAAUACAGCUGCGGGUCACCAAGGCGUCGAUACUCAGUCGUCACGAAGACCACGGUUUGGCUUCAGAAUACCAGGUCUAAGUCGACCAGCCCAGACACAAACGGCGGCUCCGGAAGCCCCGCCUACGCCUUCGCAGCUUGAAGCUGGAAGAUGA